UCCUCCGCUCCUUCACCUUCCUCUUCUCGCCUGCUUGCUCUUCCACCUCCCUCCGCCUCCCCAGAGUUCUCCUCCUCCUUCGCCUCUCCGCCUCCGGAGUUUCUCCUUCUUUCCCUCCCGCCUCCGAGGUUGACUAUAUUCGUCCGAUUCGGUGGAUUCACGCCUGUGGAUUAAUCGACCGAAGCUGCGCUCGAUCCUCUCUCUUUCGUCAUCAUAGACAUUAGAGGUGAUGGCGGAGAAAGACAAUGACUUGCCAAGAGACGCCAGGGUUGUGAAGUCACUACUGAAAUCAAUGGGUGUUGAGGAGUAUGAACCUCGUGUUAUACACCAAUUCUUAGAGCUGUGGAAUCGAUAUGUAGUUGAUGUAUUGACAGAUGCACAGGUCUACUCUGAGCAUGCUGGCAAGGCUGCAAUUGAUUGUGAUGAUGUUAAGCUUGCAGUCCAGUCAAAAGUCAAUUUCACCUUUUCACAGCCUCCUCCUCGAGAGGUCUUACUAGAAUUGGCUAGAAGCAGGAACAAGAUUCCAUUACCAAAGACAAUAUCAGGUCUCGGAAUUCCACUUCCUCCAGAACAGGACACGCUGAUCAGCCCAAAUUACCAACUUGCAAUCCCGAGGAGGCAAUCUGCUCAGGCAAUGGAAGAAGCCGAAGAAGAUGAAAGAAGUGAUGCCAAUCCAUCACAGGAGCAGAAAACAGAUGUGCCACAUAGUACGCCACAGAGAGUUUCAUUUCCCCUCUCUAAACAUCCCAAGUGAUGGAUCUGCAUCCGCAGGUAUGGUGUGACUGGGAAAAGAAUUGGAGAAAUUAUGGGUCUGUCUGCUGACACGGUAGUUCAUAUUGGAUCGUUUAAUGUAUAAGAAUAUUAUGCAGUCUGCUGGCUGUAUCCUAAGCUUCUCUUCCAUCUUUGGUCUGCUCAGUGACAAGUUUGAAGAUUGGUGUUUGUCAGCAACUGCUGUACCUGUAACUUAUCUUGCUUAGAAGCAAUCGCUGUUGAGCUUCUAGCAGCUGUAAAAAAAGUAGUUAGCUUUCCUUUA